AUGCCCCAGACUUCCUCCAGCCAGCCUCUCCAGGCCCAUCUCUUCCUCCUGUCGGCCUGUGCUGGCCCGUAUUGUCCUCGAGUCGGCCUCUCCGGGGCUCGCUCCUACCCCUGGCGGCCCCUGCAGGCCCAACUCGUCCUCCAGUCGGCCUCCGACGGCCCAGCUCCUGCCUCUCCAUGGCCUCUCCAGCUGCUAGACUUCCUCAGUCACCUCUUCUGGAUCCAUCUUUUUAAUCUUUGGUGGUCCAGAACCCCGCCCUUCUCCGCCCCGCCCCUCUCUCGCCCGGGCCCCACCCCUUCCCGGGCCCCACUCCUGGAGCGCACCUUUCCCGCGCCCGCCUCAGUCUUUGCCGGCCAUCCGGCCUCCCGGCGGUUGCGUGCUCCGCCCCCUCCCUCCGCGACGGCGCUCGCCUUCCCCGCCCCGCAGGCCUCACUCGGUUCAGGGCGGUUGGCCGCACGCCUGUCGGGGCGGGGCUGGAGCGGGCGACCGAGCCAAUGGGGCGCGGCGGCGGCGGCGGUGGCUGUUGCGGUGGCUGUUGCGGUGGCUGUUGCGGUGGCGGCUGUGUGGGACCCAGACGGGCUGAGAUGCAGGCAGAGGGAGGCGGAGGAAGGCGGUGUCGGCGGCAGCGGCGGAGGGAGGAAGGUGGCGGCGCCCGUCCUGCUGAGAGUGUCGGUGCGGCGGUGGGAGAGAGUAACCGACAUGCAGUGUGCCUCGCCGCCGGGAUCCUGCUCUCCAUCUGCGCCUACCAUGUGGAGCUGGAGAAGAAGCGGGACCACGGGCCCUCUGCGACCUGGGACCGUGGAUGAAGUGCUCCGCUGCGCUUGCCUCCAGGUGGACAUUAUACCACUGAUUACCAAAGCAGACACAAUUUCUAAACAUGAUUUACAGAUGUUUAAGAGUAAGAUAAUGAGUGAAUUGAUUAGCAGUGGCAUCCAGAUUUAUCAGCUCCCAACAGAUGAAGAAACUGCUGCUCAAGCAAACUCCUCAAUUAAUAUGCUGUUACCCUUUGCUGUGGUGGGGAGUAUGGAUGAAGUGAAAGUUGCAGAAAGGAUGGUCAGAGACCAUCACUACCCUUGGGGAGUUUUGCAAGGGGAAGCUCCUGGGGAAAAGCCACGGCUGCGAAGGUGGUGGGAUCGCCUCUGAUGCCUGAACAAGAGAAUCACCAUGUAGGCACUUGAGAGCAACCAGCAUUAUUCCUACAAGAAAGACAUCCCUGGAUAUUGUCAGAAUAAAAAUCAUGCCCCUGAAAAUGAAGCCCAUGGGGUAAAUUGAGCAUGCGUAUCUAUAUUCAGCACAUUUGUCUGGGUCACAUUGGAAGCAGCUACAGUGUAGAAGAUCCUGUUACUACUGAAAGUUGAGGAACCAUAAGAAGAAGGAAACACGGAUAAUGUAAUUUGCGGAUUUAUGUUUAAAUCUUGCCAACCAGGAGGUGCUGGAGCUGGUGGUGAUGGCCUGGAACAUGCUCAGGAGGCAGGUGGUGCAGAUGGAGAGGCCCCGCAUCACCCUGCUCAGGUAGAAAAGUGCCUUACACUUGAAGUCCCUCUGGAAGUUUAAUGACUCCAACAGGUUUGGAGACCCCAAUAAUAGUGCAGUGAAGAACUUCACUAUGUGGAUGAGGGACAAGUGACAAGUGGUCAGGUCAGUGGGUUUUAGUCUGUGAUUUAGAAGGAGAGAAAAGAUGCAAAGUAGAAGGAGGAAGCUGUUGGCUGAGAUUCCAACAGCAACUUGUAAAACUGAGCAGUUUUUAAUAAGAUAAAUGGGAAGUAUGUACAUUGUAGUGGCAAGGAGGAAACAGUUGUGUAUCUGAAAAAAGAUUAGGCAUUAUCAGUGUUAAGUCUAUACUCAAAAUGAUCACAAACAUAAUCAUUUUUAUUUCUCCCAAUUGAUUAACACUUAUGAUGUGAAAUAAAUUAGAAAAUUCUGCUUCAGCAUUUUUAUACAAGUAUUUCUUUAUACACACACACACUAUAUAUAUAUAUAAUGUCAGCAUUAAUUUUAGUCUUCCCACUGUGAUUCUGGUGAUUUAAGAAUAUUUUCUUAGUAAAUACUGAAGUUUAUCGUAGCCAUAGGAAGUCUUGCACAGGAAUAAUUUUUUUAAUUGGCAAAAGUAAUUUUGUCUAUUUAUGUGGUACAAUGUCAUGUUUUGAUCUAUAGAAAGAUCCAGUCAAGCUAAUUAAUAUAUUUAUCACCUCACCAACUUGCUAAACACCUAUUCUUUUAGGUAUUAAAAUAUACAGUAAAUUAUUAACUGUGGUUACCAUGCUUUGCAAUAGAUCACCAAACGUAUUUCCUCAGUCUAACUGAAACUUACACCCUUUAGUCAACAUCUUUCCUUUACCCAAUUCCACCCCCUAUCCCAGCCUCUGGUAAUCACCUUUCUCCUCUUUCUAUCACUUCAACAUCUUUAGCUUCCAUAUACUGAAGUCAUACAGUAUUUGUCUUUCUGUGCUUGGCUUAUUUCACUUAAAUCCACUUAUUUCACUUAAAUCCACUGAUAAUCUCACAGGAACAUGAUUAUAGAUAACAUGACAUUAUACUUUUGUUCCUUUCAAGAUUCUCUCCUGGUCCUCUUAGCAUAAUGUCCUCCAGUUUCAUCCAUGUUGUGCAAAUAAAAUGAUAAUUGUAAUCCAGUGGCCUCAGGGUCCUAGCUAGAAUAUAAAACCCACUGUGGAAAAGAGAAAAAUGUCUCCUCUGACUGACCUAGUCAGGUAUGGUACUCUGCCCUUCAGGUGAUACAGCCCUGCACCAGGGUACCUGGCAUUGGAAUCAGAAUACAGGCUGAAUUUUAGCACUUAUUUCUCCCACUUAUUUCAUCAGUUAUGUUUAGAGAGGGCAGAAAGAAGCCAUCCAUUCAAGCAACACUGAGGGUUAGGAUGUGCACUGCCUUUCAUAAGACAGCUUAUUUACACAUGGACUCCUAGGCUCCUGUGGCGGUGUUUUCUGCCAUCCCCAAUCCUUGGUCUCCUCUGUUCCUUCUACUCAAGAGAUACUGGAUCUCACACACUCAGCAAUUGAGUACUGGCUUUUUAGACACUACCAUUUGGUUUUGCUUUUGUACCACCCGCCAAUUACAUCUGUGUUAAAAAUAACCGUAACUUUCAACUUAAUGUUUAUUACGAUGGUCAUAGUUUUGGUCCAGUUACUUAACCAAACACUAUCUUGUGUUAAAGUGGUGAUUUUUUUUUUUCUAAUAAACCAAAGGAUCUUUCACUUGACUAUGA